AUGCAGUGGCGAAGCUGCGGCUGUGAGAGCUACUGAAGCUGCAGUUUGUUGACGCCGUUUUAAAAAGAAAAGGCGCUGUUUUUUCUUAAUUAAUGGCGGUGUCGACGUUGUGCCGCCGUUGACCCGUAAACUAACCCGUGGUCGUGUGAUUUCCGAGCGGAGUGCAGACGUUUCAGCCGCUUUCUCUGCGGACACGUGGCCUGCAGGACACCCAGCGGAGACGGAGCCACGAUGAGAAGAAAAGGUGUUAAAGCUGUUCCAGCAACGAUGGCGGGUGGUGGUAACAAUGAGGAGGAGUUGUCCCCAGAUGAUGAACACAUCAUCAGCGCCAGUGAGGAGGAGGAUGGCAGCGAUGAUGAGAGCAAACACGCCAAACUGCUGGAGGCCAUCAGCUCUCUGGGGAAGAGGAAAAGGAUGAAGCGGACGGAGCGGUCAGAAGCAAGUGUGCAGGUUUCUGAAUUUUCGGUCAACGCAGAUGGAACUGGUGAAAAGGUCAACCUCUCUGACCUGCUGGGCACCAUGGACAAAACACCUGGAGCACCAAACAAAACCAAGCAGCAGCUAAAGAAUCUGCAGAACCGCAAAGAGACACUGGAACUGCCACUGAGCAAACAGCAGACAGAGAAGAUCCAGAGAGAGGUGGCAUAUGACAAGAGCAGUAAGGAGGUGUCCCGGUGGGAGACUGUUAUCACUCAGAACCAGAAGGCAGAGCAGCUGGUCUUCCCACUCAGGCAGGACCCAACAGGACCUAAACGCAUGGAGCAAGUGGUGGCCGGCUGGAAGGCUAAAACUCCACUGGAGAAGGAGAUCUUCAGCCUCCUCCACAGCAACAAUCAGCCCAUCCACGACCCCUUGCUCACCCCAGCAGAGGAAGCUUCCAUCAAGGCUAUGAGUCUAGAGGAGGCGAAGAUACGUCAAGCUGAGUUCCGAAAGGCCAGAGUGCUCCAGUCUUACUACGAGGCCAAAGCCAGGAGAGAGAGAAAAAUCAAAAGCAAGAAGUAUCAUAAGCUUCAGAAGAAGGCUAAGGUGAAGGCGUUUCUGAAGCAGUUUGAUGAGAUGAUGAAGACGGAUCCUGCCGGCGCUCUGGAGGAGCUGAAGAAGAUGGAGCUGUCCAGGAUGCAGGAAAGGAUGUCGCUGAAACAUCAAAACAGCGGCAAAUGGGCCAAGUCAAAGGCCAUCAUGGCGAAAUAUGAUGAUGCGGCUCGUAAAGCCAUGCAGGAACAGCUGGAGAUGAAUAAGCAGCUCACUCAGAAGCUUGUGGUGCCUUCUGACGAUGAUGAUGAUGAGGAGAGAAAUGUCGAAGAAGCGGACGCUCUUCCUGACUUCGUGAAUGAUCCUGAGCCGAUCCUGGACUCUGUUAACCCCUGGAUGAGGGGCAAGCUGACCCAGGAGCAUUCAGAGCCGGAGGUCACUGCUGUCGCAACGGAAACGGCAGUUGAAACUAAAGAUGAGGGACAGAACGGCCAGCGAGAGGACGAGGAAGAGGAGGAGAACGAGGAAGAAAAACUGCUGAGGGAGUUUGAGAGGAAGCGCAAGUUACGGCAGGAUGAAGACGAUGAUUUGGUUCCAGUUCCACAAGAAGAGAAGCAGGUGAUCCCUGUGGAUGUAGCUGAAGCAGAAGAGGUUGCUGGUGAGAACGUGAUACAAAUUUCAGAUGAUGAGGAUAAAGAAGAGGAAGAAGAAGAAGUCGUCGUCUCUGAGUUUAACAGCCUCUUUAACAGACUGAUGAAAAGCAGCAGCGUGCCCCCAGUGCCGGAGCAGACUGGGGCCGAAGAGGCCGAGCUUCUGGACGAAGGGCUCGUCCGGGUCCGAACCAUGGACGACCUGGAGGCCUUGCAGCAGGACGUUGUUAUGGACACUACGCAACCUGCACCCGCAUCGGCCACACCUGCUCCCAGCAUGGAGACCACAUCUGAGCCUCCGAAGAAGAAGAAGAAGAAAAAAGGAAUUGACCCAAACGAAGUUCUGACCAAAGAGGCCAAAGUCAUUAAAAUGCCUUUAGCGCCAACUGUGGUGGAAGAAGAGGAAGAGGAGGUCCAUGCAGAGCAGACAGCCAUCAUCAAAGAGGCCUUUGCAGGAGAUGAUGUCAUCUCAGACUUCCUAAAAGACAAAAGGAAGCAGGAAAAGGCAGGGCAGGCAGAAGUGGUGGACCUGACCCUGCCCGGCUGGGGGGAGUGGGGGGGUGUCGGCCUCAAACCCUCCAAGCGCAAACGCAGAAAAUUUCGUCUGAAAGCGCCUGCUCCUCCUCUGAGAAAAGAUCAGAACCUGCCUGAUGUCAUCAUCUCUGAAAAGAGGAAUAGUUCCGUAGCCAACCAUCAGGUCAGUCAGCUGCCGUUCCCCUUCCAGAACAGCACUCAGUUCGAAAGCUGCGUCCGCUUUCCAGUCGGGCAAACCUGGAACACGCAGACCACCUUCAGAAAACUGACUGCACCCAAAGUGGUCACCAAAAUGGGUGCCAUCAUCGAGCCCAUGAGCAAAGAGGACCUUCCGCCAGUGAAGGAAAGCUCCGGGGCAGGGAGUGGAGCAACCAUCGUGCUGGGGGAGAAAGUGGAGGAAGAGACAAAGAAAGCAAGAAGAAGAAACCCACUGCAGAAGAAGAAGAAGAAGAGCAGACAGUAGAGAAAGAGAGAAAACAAGCAUUGGCUGGCGAUUCUGAUGUGAUACGGGCUGGUUUUCCGGUGCCAUGCGUUAUAGUGAUUUGGAUUUCAUGGCUGUUGAGCAUGAGUCGUCUUCAGUGAACCACACUGAAAGAAAGGAAUAAAAAGACAUUGAUUAAACAGCCUCUUCUGUACUUAAGGACAGAUUUAAAGUAAUGAUAUUUUUUCAGUAUUCUCUGUAGAACCAACUCUACCUUUUAUUUACUUCUUAUAAAAAAGCAGAGAGUAUAAAGGAUUUGCUGGUUUUUUUUUUUUCUCUGCGUCUUCUGUGUCCCUUAAGCCCUUCUGUGUCAUACGUCAUACAGUUUUCCCCUGCUUUUUUAAAGGUAACCAGUUUGAGGAAGUAUGUAAACAUUGCUGAAGUUACAAAACAAAUUCACGUGCCAGUCUUUGCAUUCUGUAUAUACAAUCUAAGCUGCUAAAUUAAGCUGUUUUGGAAUUCCUUGUUUUUGUGAUGUCACAGAAACCAUGCAUGUACAAACAGUAUAUCCCCUUCAUUCAGCCUACAGCAGGUUAACGCUGAGGUUUUAAGGAGUGUUUCAGCCUGGGUUGCUUUUUGAAUGAAGCACAAUAUGGGGUGGCCAGUCAGAACAGAGCUCAUUUGCAUACAUUGGUCUUAAAGGUACAGUACCAAUAACAGUCUAAGGGAUAAAGAGAGGUUGGGGAAACAAUGUAAGGAUGUAUUAUGACUGUUUGUGAUAUGUAAUCCCACACAAAUGCCAUUUAUGGACCUCUGGUGCACAAAAUAAAAUACAGGAAAAAUGUAGGAUAUGGGCCCUUUAACUAUGUGUCUCUGUUCAUGUUACUGGUUCCUGAUUAAAUUGUUAUUGCUCAUACUCAUCA